AUGGCAAUGUGUUAUCAUAAGCAUCCAUUCGAAAUCGAAACAGAAGAUAAGCUUACAACAAUUAACACUAAGAUAUUUGAAGUCAAAAAGAAGAUACAGUUAUCAGAGGGUCAAAGAAAAUCUAAUUACGAAGAAAAUGAAGCCGAGAAAAAACAAAACAGCGAUUUGAUAGAUACACUUAAAAAAGAAAUAAGAAUUCGCCUAGAGGAGUUGGCACGAGCGAGAGAGAUAGUAGGGAAAGAAGAAGCUCAAGUUAAAAAAUAUUUGACCGACGUCUGUCCUAUUGGUAAUAAGACCGCUGACCAAUUAAUUCACAACCUAGAUCUAAAAGUAAUAGAACAACGUAAAAUGUUGGACUUGUUAAAAUAUGAUAAAGGAAGUAAGAAGAAAAAACUGCAAGAUUUAGAGAAAGAAUAUGAAUACCUUUUAAUAGAAAGCACUAAAAGCGAUUUAGUAAAGUCCAAAAUCACUACUAGGGCUAGAAAGAAUGUGUCACAUCUAGAAAAUGAAAUUCAUAAAGUUCUAAUUCAGUGGACUGAAGCUGAACUCGUAAAAAAGAAAUAUUAUUCUAUCAGGCAAGCCCUAAUAGAAGAUUCAGUAAAAUUCGAUAGUUCCCUCUCCCGUAUAGAAGAUAUUUUGAAGAAGCAAAAGGAAGAAAUAAGAAAGUUAGAGGUAGUACGCGAAGAAGCCGCGGAGAUGCGCAUACGUGCGACCGCAGCCACUGCAACCGAAGCAGCUCGCGCGCAUGACGCUGAACACGGACGACAUGCGGAAAGAGUCUACUUUGCCCAGAGAUUUGAAGAGAGAAAGAGAGAGUUAGAGAAGCUGGAGAAGAGAAUAUUUCCACCAGCAGUUCGUCCUGUACGACAAGAGUCUGCUAGAUCGACUGAAGGUGAAGCAGCCACAGAAGAACAGUCAGCCGCCGCGCAAAUGGAAGAAGUAUUUCAAAGAUUAAUGAAACUUACAGGCGUAACUGAUCCUGAGGAAGUAUUUGAUAGAUUCAGAGCUCAACGAGAAACAUCAAAAAGACUAAAUUACUUACAACAGAACACUGAAGAGGAAAAACUACUGUUGGAGCAAACGCAAACAACGUUAAUGGCUGAGCUGGAAGGAUACAAAUUCGCAUCUGUCAAGGAUAAAGAUGAGGGCCAAGAAGAAAUAACUGAGUUGAAAGCUCAAAUAGAAAUUGAAGAAAAAGAAUGCAUGGAGUUGCAAAAGAAGUUUGAUGAAUUGGAAGCGGUCCUUUUAGAAAUCAAGAGAUUGUUGUACGAUUUAUGCAAGAUGUUAGAUAUAAUAGGGGAACCCCCAAUGCCAGAAUGGACAGCCGAAGCUCGUGACGUGGCGGAGACGGUCGCGGCACUCUCCGCGCGCUACAGCGCCGCGCGCACCCGCACCGCUACGCUCACGCACAAACGCGACCACGCUGUUGUUCCUUCUAACACCACCAGCGGCGCCCCGUCGGUGGCCGGCGCGAGCGCGCGCACGCCCAGCACGCUGAAGGACUCUGACAAAGUCCUGCCUACUUACAGGGAGCUCGUCAACAAAGAACCCGUUAAGGCACCACAAAUCCCAGCGGCACAAAGACUAGAGUCAAUGCAACCUUCGCUUUACGCUCCACAUGUGGACAUAACGCGAGCAAAUCUAGGUUUUGGACGUAUCGGCCUUAGACUAAUUAAUAGGGACCUACAUUCGAGUGACUAUCUGGUGCAGUUGCAAGCACUCCAUAGUGUAAUGGACCAGGUCCAGAUAUCAGAGAACGCUUUAUUCCUCAUCAACCUCCACGUGGGCUAUCGACUCAUCGAUUUGAUGUUAGACCGUAACCCAGUGAUACGAGAAAAAGUGUGCUUAAUUCUCACAACACUCGCCAACUAUUAUCAAGGACGAAAACAAAUUAUGACACGGCAAAAAAUUAUAGACAACCUCAUGUGGCUAAUCAUGAGAGACAGGAGGGAAAUAAGAUAUGCUGCAGCGUAUACUUUGAAGACGUUAAGUGACGAGAGAUGCUCAAGUGAAAUGAUUCUGCGAACCGAUAAAAUCAUCGAAAAGCUGCUAAAAAUGGUAAAACACGAGCAUAUUGGAAUCAUUGUAAUACAUUUAAAAACUUUGGAAAAUCUCACUGAGAGGGAUCAAGUUGGACCUUUGAAAGCUAAUGCGUUCCAAAUUAUGUUAAAGCUUCUUGAACACGACGACUCUAGAAUUGUUUGUGGGGCGAUGGACUGUUUGACGCAAUUGUGCAAACAUGAGGUUGGGAAGAAAUUGGCCGAUAUCAAUGACUUAACAUUUCUACUGAGACCGUUUUUAGUGUCGCCAUCGAUUGAAGAGCGAAUUAGUGCAGCGGGUCUACUUGCAUACACUACAUUGACUACCCGAUCAAAAUGGCGUGCUAAGGAAUUUUGCAACGAGUUGACCAAACGCCUAGUUAUUUUGUGUCACAGUCAAAACAAACCGUUAUUACAGAUGCGAGCUAUGCAAGUGUUAGUAAAUCUCUGCGACUGCCCCGAUAUAAGGCAUCAUAUGAAAAAGCAUUGGGAAAAUAAGAUAAAAAUAAUUCAAAUAAGAACGCAUGAAGAAUGGGAUGGGACGAGUGAAACUACCAGUUACGGGUUGGAAACUGGUCAUAAUUACAGGACAAUGUGUAUAGAGGGCGUUGAAACUAUUAAAAACGAUUAUGGAGACACGGCUUUGGCGAUCGACGUUCAUAGUUACUUGGAACGCGUGCGCAAAAUCAAAGCCCAUUUGUUAUAUGCAAUUAAUUGGAAAUCGUAUAAAGAC